AUGGGAUAUCUUUUAGCGUCAAAUACAUACAAUGUAUCUAAAAGUUCGAUAGAAGAUCGUGUAAAGAAGAUAAAACGUGGAAAAUCAAAAUAUGAAGUGAUCCGAAAGUGCCCUGCUACUGAAAAAUGCGUCUUUACUGAUGAGUUGGAAGGUAUGUUAGUCGAACAUAUCAAAAUUAUGGAAUCUCGACUAUUUGGCUUGACUAAAACAGAUCUGCGACGUUUGGCAUUCCAAUUAGCUGAGAGAAACAAUUUAAACCAUCCUUUUAAUAAAGAAACUGGACUCGCUGGCUUAGAUUGGGUUAGUGGAUUUCUAAAACGACAUUCUGAAUUGUCGCUAAGAUCACCUGAAGCUGCAUCAGCUGCAAGAGCAAUGGGAUUUAAUAGGUCUGUAGUGUCAUCAUUUUUUAAUCUUUUGGAUACACUUUAUGUUAAGCACGCUUUCAAUUGCACGCGAAUUUAUAACGUGGACGAAACUGGAUUGACCUCUGUACCAAAAAAAAAAAAAAUAGGAAAAAUUAUAUCGGUGAAAGGUAAAAAACAAGUUGGUGUACUAGCUUCGGCUGAACGAGGACAGUUGGUAACGGCAGUGUUUUGCUUUUCUGCAGCUGGACAUUAUAUUCCACCUCUUAUGGUUUUUCCUCGAGCACGAAUGAAGAGUGAGCUUUUAGAUGGUGCACCACCGGGCACAGUAGCUGUAUGCCAUCCAAGUGGUUGGAUGCAACAACAUAUUUUCGUCGAAUGGAUGCGCCAUCCUAUGUAA